AUGGAUGAGUCAAGUGAGUCUAAAAAGUGCGUCUCCCUUCUUUAUUCAAAUGUCUCCUUCUUCUCAAUAUCAUCGUUGGUUACAAAUUCGGUGCUCUUCACUUUUAAACUGACCUCGCGCCGCGCCUGAAUAAUUCAUCCGAUCGUCCCCCACUUGGACGCUCUUUUUCACUUCAUUCCGUCUAAUUUCCGUUUGUCCGCUCUCCGCCCCAAAGUUCUUCUUCUCGCGAACCAGAAGCCUGUAAUUUUCUUUCUCUCUGUUUUCCCGCCUCAACGCAUUCGUAACGUGUCAACAAGGAGUGUGACACGCGAAUGGUAGGCUGAGCAGUCUUUCCCGGCGAAUGUCUGCCACGUCAUAACUAUUCGUAACGUGUCUUGCAAGACCUGAAUAAUAAAUAACUCGCGGAACGUGUACUUUCUCUCCGACUUCUCCUUCUUCAACUCUCCAACCUAAUUGCCCUCACUCAACCCUCUCCUUUGCAUGUUCAUGCAAAGCUUCCGACUUUAAUACCUCAAGAACCAAUGACUAUUCCCAAAAACUGUCAACUAAAAAGUUGCUGCAAAUCUUGUGCUCAGCAACUUUCUAGUUGACCAUUUCGUUCGAACAAUUGUCAUUCUCAAGUUACAAGCCGUUUCCUGAACAGAGCAUUCCACGUCAUCAUCAACCACACACACACACACAUAUAUUUAUUAUGUAUUGACCUCCGCCCCUAUCUUCUUAUCCCUUUCUGCUCCCCUUCAAGAGCACAUGGACAUUACAAAUAUUGUUUUUUGUUGCGCUUAGCUUGCCCAAAAGGAAUUUGGUUGCAUGGCGUCCAAGGAAAAAAGCUGACCGGCGCGGACGAAUUAUAGGUUAAAAAAACCCAGAAAAAGCAAAUUUCCUGUAAUACUUGACCGAAUCGCUCUUUUCCGAAUAUAAGGGAGUCCGUAAAGUACAUACUUUUAGGCCUCUCAGGCCAAUUUUCAAAGUGUUCUCUGAACGCAGUGAACAGCUAGAAAAAGAAGUGAGCGGGGUGGGCAAAAGGCUCGGACCGAUGUGAAAUAUUCCAUCUCAAAUUCAUAGAUUCAUUCAUAGGUCGUCGUCGUCGCCGUCGUCGUGUCCGGCCGUCCGUCCGUCCGUCCCCGCGCUCUCCUUCCCUCUUCUUUUCCUCUUUUCCGCCUGUCACCAACUUUGAUACUACUACGACUAGAAGCCACUUCUCUCUCUCUCUCUCUCCCUCUUUGCCUUCCCUUCUUGUUUUGUUCUUCUCAAACGAGCGGUGCGGCUAACUGAAUUACUAGUCUUCCUUGCGUUUUCACCUGUUCUCCCACGAUUUUCUCGAGAAUUUUCUGAUGUUUGAGCUGGAGGUGCGCUCGCCACGCAAACGUUUCUCUACUGUAACUAUAGUUUAAUCGGACCGAUAUGUUCGUUAACGAAUAACCCCAAUGCCGGUUUGAUAAUUCUAGAAAACCAUGCACGUUUUGAAAGGCGCUCUCCCUCUCUCUCUCUCUUUUUCGUUUCCCUCAGAAAACGAUCCUUCUCCUGUUUGCAGACGCCCUCUCCGAGCCGGUCAUGCGCGAGCGCCGAUGAACGUCGGCCUCUCCCUUUUUCUCGUCGUCGUCGUCCUGUCCCGUGGCAGUCUCCAGAUGUGGUGUCUCGACGGCUCCGAUUGCGAGCAGUCCGACACGUGCUCUCUGUGCGAAGGCGCCGCCUGUCUUCGAGUUCAGCGGUGAGCACUAGCCGACGAUUCUGCGUAAAUUUCAAUACUUUUUACAGAAACCAUGCGCAGAAAGGAACGACAGUGGCGCUGACAUGCCUGCCGCACGAUUCGCUUAUUCACACCUAUCACCCGGAGGGCUGUCGAACCGAGCUCUCCUCCGGCGACAAACUGUGCCUCUGCUCGGGCCGCGACUUCUGCAAUACAUCGGUCAGAUCGAUGACUUCUAUUCUCCUGCUACAUGUAUUUCUGCCUCUUUUCCUCCUCUUUCUUCUCAGUUGA